AUGACUAAAGCAAAUAGAGUUUCUACUCGAAGAGUGACUGUACCUGGUGGUGAAAUUGUUGAUAGAAGGCCCCUUACCGCCUUCAAUCGAUCAUCUACAUUUCCUUAUUCUCAAUCCGAUCGUAAUAAAACAAAUGUUACAAGCGAUAAAUAUCAUCAUUGCUCUAAAUGCACAAACGGGGAUGAUAAUGUUAAUUGUUUAAGUGCUAGAAUCAAUCGACUAGAAAAAUUAAUCCAGG